UACGUUUGUAAUUUCUGCAGCCGUACUUUUUCGCGUAAAUAUGACGUGAUCCGACAUAAACGUAUCCAUACAGGCGCCAAACCUUACGUUUGUCCAUGUUGUUCCAAGCGUUUUGCGCGUUCUGAUGCUCGAAUGCGUCAUUUUCGUACUGAAGCUAAA